ACUACCAACAAACGAAGAGUAAAAUCACAACAUCAGCUGAGAGAGAGACGAGACAUUAUUCUGCACUAUUUUACGUCUUUAAAAUGACCAAACUGCAGCUGUUGAAUGCUUACCUGACAGAACGUUUAACGGUAGUGGUGCGGGAGAUUCUGGACGUGGUCGGGGACACAGUGGCCGAGUACCGAGAAGAGACGGCUAGGACGAAGAGAGAGAAUGAAAGCGCGAGGAGACAAAAUGAAAGCCUGCGGCGACAGCUUCGGGACAUCCUACUCUUGGCGGAGACAGACUGGCGAUCCACUAGCCUUUCUCUCUCUGGGCAGCAGCAGCUCUGUGAGCAAGAGUGGAGCUCCAGUCAGGAACAUGACCCAGAGCCCCUGCAGCAGACCCAGGUCAACAGACGAGGGCUACAGACACAGAGCCAGGAUGGGGGUCUCACAGAACCAAACCAGGGACACACUGAAACAGUCAGAGUAGAAGAGAAGCCCAGUUCAGGGGAGGCAAUCCCAAAGACCGAGCACAACUCAGACCCAGAACCAAAGGGUUUGGGAAACACCUCGUCCUUGGCCCCAUCUCCGUUCUCCUCCAAUGCCCACUGUGCCACAACAACUGGAGCAGCCAACGCUGAAAUGCCCGUCCUUAGGACAAAUGGAAAGACGUCCUCUCCCAUCGACCCAAUCCAGGGACGGAUCAAAAUGGAACCCAAGGAAUGUGAUGUCACACUGAACCUCACCAACCAUGAACCUCAAUCCAGUUCAGACUACACAGGUCGUCCUAUAACACUCCUACCCCACAACCAUGAACUCUCAGGCGAGACUGGCUUCAAAGACCUUCCAGAUAUGAACAUCUCAGAGCUCCAUAACACACCUGUACAUGACCAGCAAACAUAUGCAACAGAGCCUGGGCCCAAGGACAGGGUGUUGCCAUACAACGAGAGUAACAACUUCACCCCCGCCGACCACCAGGAGGGACGCCCACACCGCUGCACCCGAUGUGGGGAGAGUUUCAGCCAGGCGGCCAGCCUCCACCUCCACCUCCAGUACAAGAAGCCCUACGCCUGUGACUGGUGCUGUAAGUCCUUCGCCCAGUCGGCUGACCUGCGGCGCCACCACCGCAUCCACACGGGGGAGAGGCCCCACCGCUGCGCCUGGUGCUCCAAAAGCUUUACCCAGAGAGGCAACCUGAGACGGCACCUGAGGAUCCACACCGGUGAGAAACCCUACAGCUGCCCCUACUGCCACAGGACCUUCAGCGACGGAGACACCAUGAAGAAGCACAAACGGACUCACUCUGGGGAGAAACCCUAUCGCUGUGUCCAGUGUCCCAAGAGCUUCACUGUGGCCAGCGGCCUGCGGGUACACCUGAACACACACCUGACAGAUGCAGGGCAGCUCAUCACAUGAGGAGGUCAAUGUGCUAACUAAUCAGCUACUACUGAAUCGACUGCACCAUUUCAAACACAGGACGACAUGAAGGGUUUGUGAAACGUUGAAGUGUUUUAGCCAUAGAAAUAUUUCCUAAAUGUAUUUAUUGGGAUUAAUAAAAACAGUGCAGUAGAAAUCUAAUGGAUAAUGUCAUCGUGGCUGAUGUUUCCAGCUUGAUUGAAGAGUGUGUGUCUGUGAAAAUGAAUUAAAUCAGUCCAUCAUUUAAUUAUUUCUAAUCACAUUUCUAAUUCUGUAUUUCUUUUGUAUUAAAGUUGAACCCUCUUUCAGGUUGUUUAUUUCCAAAAGGAAGAUGCCAGAUGCUUGACUCACGUUACCUUCACUCAAUGUAUUUAUUAUAAUACUCGGUAAUAAGGGUGCAAACCCAACAUAUUUAAGUGGAAAAUCCCUUUAAUUUAAUCUCUUGCCUCCCCCUUUUCAUGAAUUACGGUAGCGUUUUUAUCACAUGACCAAGGAGAGUCAAAUAACCCGGAAGUGAAUGCUUUCGCGGAUAUUUUUACAAACAGUAUAGCUUGGGUCGUUAUUAGUAGGCUUUAAGUGGAUUUUAACAAAUAUUUUGGGCAGGCAAAAUUUCUAGAAAAUGGCUAAACUACAGCUUUUGAAUGCUUACCUCACCGAGCGGUUAAUGGUGGCUGUAGAUGAGAUACUGGAGGUGGUCGGGGGGACAGUGUCAGAAUUCGAGGAGGAGACUGCCCGGACGAAGAGAGAGAAUGAAGUCCUAAAACGAAGGUUACGAGAAGUUGGACUCGACACGGGAACGGAAUGUUUAGCAGUCUCGACCAGGCCUGUUUCUCUCUCUGUGUCUGGGCAGCACCAGUGGAGUUCCGACCAGGGUCCAGACCUUGAGUCUACACAGACCCAGAACCACAUGGUAAUGAGCCAGGAUGAGAUGCCUGCCACACAUAGCCAGCUACCCACAGACUGCACCGAGUGGAAGAGUCUGUGUAACUCUCCACGUACCAUGUCCUCACAACAGACCGAUACAUCAACUACCACCCCAGUAGUAGCUCCAUUGACUUCAGCGUCUGUGAAAAGGGACUUGGAUGAAGAAGACGACCAGCUUCUACUUCCCUCUGCAAAUCCCUUCAGCAGCACAUCAUGCCCCGUGGACAGAGUGGUUUUACACUAUAACUCUGAGAGCAUCAAAACAGAGCCUAGUGAUACUAGCCCUACUGACUUGGGCUCAGUAUCUGCUCAGUGUGGUGAACUAAACCCCAGUUCGGACCCUGGACCAGCCACUGUUGAAACCAGGUACAUUGUUUCAGACCUGAGCGCUGACCUGGAAUCAGUGGUUGCAGACAGCAGCAGGUAUGGUGCCUCCACUGCCUCGGGCGUCCCAACUGACCUGGUAUCAGCUAGUGCGGCCAUGAUCCCAGACGGCUUUUUCCGUCAGAUUGGCAGCGAUGGUUGUGUAACAACAGGGCCAGAACUAGACUUCGGGGACACCACCACCACCAGUACCGUAGGUCCCUUGACCUCCCUGUUCUAUCCGGGUCAAACCAGACGUCAACAACAAACAAAUAGAUCAACAAAUAGGGGUCAUCAACAAGUAAACAGGUCCACAAACAACAGGGGUCAACAACCAACAAACAACAGGGGGGAUCAGAAGUCCCACCCGUGCCCUCAGUGCGGUAAGAUAUUCAGUCACGUGUCACGCCUCAAGAUCCACCUCCGCAUUCACACAGGGGAGAAGCCGUACGUUUGUGCACUGUGUGGCAAGCGAUUUAACAACGAUGGCACACUGAGGAACCACCGGCGCGUUCACACAGAGCUGCGGUUGUACGGCUGCCCUGUCUGCGGCAUGAGCUUCAAGGACGCCUACACGUGUAGGAAGCACCAGCGCGUACAUAAUGGAAUGCGGCCUGCCGGUGGCGGGGCCCACACCUGCAGCUUGUGUGGCAAGGCUUUCAGUGAGGCAGCUAAGCUGACCAAACACAUCAGGACUCAUGUCUCAGACAUUGGAUGAGGGCAGUACAAUUUAUAAAGACUUUUUAUAGCAUACACAAAGGCUUUAUAAGCACUAUAUAAAUGCUUCACAAAUAAUCUAUAAGUGUAAGUGUAUUACAUUUACAUUUAAGUCAUUUAGCAGACGCUCUUAUCCAGAGCGACUUAGAAAUUGGAAAGUUCAUACAUAUUCAUCCUGGUCCCCCCAUGGGAAUUGAACCCUGGUCCCCCCGUGGGAAUUGAACCCUGGUCCCCCCGUGGGAAUUGAACCCACAACCCUGGCGUUGCAAGCGCCAUGCUCUACCAACUGAGCCACACGGGUAUGUCAUACAUGGUGUAUAAAGGGUGACAAAACAAUUCCCACUGUAGAGUUUAUUGCCAAAUGUAAGUUAAUACACUAUAGAUUAUGACAUAUGCUUAUAAUUUGUAAAGCAUUUAAAUAGUGUUAUAUAAAGCCUUUCUUGAUAAGUUUUUCUUUGCAACGGAGCUCCCGAGUGGCGCAUCCUUCUAAGGCACUUCACCCAAAGUGCAGCGGGGCGUCACUACAGCCUGACGUGACCCGGGAAUUCCAAGGGCAGUGCAUAAUUGGCCUAGCACUGUCCGGGUCAGGGGAUUCCUUGUCUUAACUUGCUCUAGCGUCUUCGCAUGGCGGACUGGGCGCCUGCAAGCUGACUAGGGUCGUCAAUUGAACGGUGUCCCCUCCAACACAUUGGUCCGGCUAACUUCCGGGUGUUUAUAAGAAGCAGCGUGUUUGUCCGAUCCUCACCUCUCCUGACCCCGUUGGGGAGUUGCCAUAAUGGGACACAAUUGGAUACCACAAAAUUCUUUCAUUUCUAAAUGGCAAAACAGAUAUAUAUGAAAAUCUCUAAUCCAAAAUGCUGGAGUAUAGAGACACAUUUUAUUUUAGCUUCACUGUCCAAAUACAUAUGGAGGGGUGUGUAUGACCAUGGCUGCACCGGCUUCAACGGGACAUGUCUUUGUGUACUCUGUCUGUGGCAGACGGUGUGCAUCCCGCAUCUGAUUAUAUAGUCAUCAGCGAUCCCACAAGGAGUAGUUGAAGUCAUCAUCAGAUGUGAUGGACUACUUUAAGCAAGCAGCAAGUGUGUGUAGACGUAUUCUUUUUUUUACUGUGCGUGUGUGUUUUACUUUACUGCAUUUGUGUUUGUGCACCAGCCCGUCCAAAGUGCAGCGGGUCCCAGUCUGUCAGUCUGUUACAGGGAGGUUAUUUACUUUUGCUGUGUUGUAGUAUUGAUCCACUUCCUGCUUGUGACUCAGGGGUUGGAGCCUACUGACCUUAGAGACUGCAGAGGAUGAACCAUAGGUUGAAGACACUGGUGUCAAACACAAUUCCUUGAGAGCCACAGUCAGUGUCUGCUUGUUUUUGAUCUUAAAAAAAAAAAAAAACGUUUUUAGGAUCUAGAUCUGCAAGAAAAACCGGGGUCAUGUUGACUUGGCAUAAAACGGAUAUUAACUGAAACUAUUUGAACUUGUCCAAUAAUAAACACUGAUUAAUUAAGUAAAAGGCAGGAACCAAAAUCCACUGACACUGCAGUGCAGAAUCUAAGGACUGGAGUUUUACUUGUGUGGUUUAGGAGUCCAAAACCACAUUCCUUACCCCAGGACACUUCAUAAGGUGACUAUCCAGGAAAAUGAGCCCCCCGUGUCUGCACUGAACAAAGGAUUUUAUUUAGAGAGACACAAACCGGCUUAGGAUGCCUUCAUUAGAGUCUCAUCAUGGUCUCUCAUAGCAAGUGCUCAGACUUUGACUUAUUGUGGCGCUGAUAGUUCAGAGCCUUAUGUACAAUAAAUGGGUUUAUUUUUAAA